AUGCACCAAGCUGCAUGUAACGAAGACUCGGAGAGCGAGCAGUUCAAGAGAGUGUGCUAUUUCACAAACUGGUCAUGUGACCUCCUGGUUGCCGAGGCUCACUUCUACCUUCACCACCUGAAACCUCACCUGUGUAGUCAUCUCAUCUACGCCUUCGUCAACAUCAAUGUGACGUCACUGGAACUUACGCCUUCUCGGGUUGAUGAUGAAAGCACAAUCAGCUCUGUGGGCCGAUUUGUACUGGUGAAUUUGUUGAAGCGCAACAACACAGGUUUGAAGACUCUUCUCAGUAUUGGAGGAUCCCACCAACCGGAGGAGUUUAUUCAAGUGACGUCAUCCGCAGCGUCCCGGAAGCAGUUCGUGACGAACGCGGCAGCGUAUGUGCGGAAGUGGGGGUUUGACGGGAUUGAUGUAGACUGGGAAUACCCACACGCCAGUCACAGGGAAGCCCUGACGGCUCUUGUACAGGAUUUUCGAGAAGCUUUUCGAGAAGAAGCAAACCAAACUGGCAAUCCUGAGCUGUUGUUAUCUUUGGCCGCCCCUGCGAGUGAAGCCCUGGUCAACACGACUUACGAGGUGAAGGAGAUUAGCCGAAAUGUGGACAUGAUCAACCUGAUGGCUUACGACUACAGUGGGGCCUGGAACGACCGCACCAGCUUCAAUAGCCCGCUCUUUGCCCGGAACAACGACCCCAGAUUCUCCUACAAACUAUGUGUGGCCUUGCAGAGAAACCAUGACUCCGAGUCGUUGAAGGAAAAUCCGGAUCUACUCGGGUUAAUAGCACGAGACCAGUCAGAUCCGAAGAUGGAAGGAAUUGCGGAGAACAUGAAAGCGCCUCGCCCUAAAAACUUUCUGGGGCAUGCUCAAGUACCCCGUGUUGCGGAAGAUGUUUUGUCCGAUGCAGACAAUGAUAAGCCUAGCCUGAAAUCAGGAGGAGCGACACAAACUGAAAGCGGACCCGAACCGUCACCCACACCCGCAGCUGCUGUAGACUGUUUGCACGAAGUAGCUCUUCACCACCAGAAUGGAAGAACUCUCGACGAUUUUCACCUGGCACCAAUCGAUGGAGCGUGGGAAACGGACGACGAAACCUCCGAUCUCGAGGCCGUCAUUGCCCGCUAUCCUGUGGGGUCGAAGGUCAAAGAGGCAGGGAGACCCGGGAGGUUAAGACGGCUGAAUGGGCAGCUGUCCUAUGCAGAGAUUUGUGAGUACAUGUCAGCGGGCGGCAUUAAGAGUUUUGAUGACGUACAACGCGUGCCAUACCUGGUGUACGGCGACCAGUGGGUGGGCUUUGAGGAUGAGCAGAGUGUGGAAGAAAAGGUACGUUAUGCAGUGUCAAAGAAUCUGGGAGGCGUCAUGAUGUGGUCGCUGGACCUGGACGAUUUCAAGGGAGACUACUGUAACAAAGGUCCACACCCUCUACUCACUUCAAUAUCUGACACGGUUGCUUCUCUUUUCAAUGUCACUUUCCCGGAGCCAAUCGAAGAUGGGUACUUGGAACUGGAUGCGGAGUUGUCUUUGGCUGAAAGUGCAGAUUUGGAAGGCGAUAAGAUUUUAGAUCCGUCAGUGUUUUCCAAAGCUAACGUCAAAAGUGUUGGUCUAUCACAUUUGAGAGAUGAGAUGCCCUCGGAGGUGACAAGCCUACGUACAACUCUCGAAAAGCCCUCUCAAUUUGAGAACAUUGUAGAAAAGCUUCGAGGAACCGAAACAGAAAACAGUGCUAGGUCCUUAUCUUCACAUAGAGGCGAUUCCAUAGCUCAGAAGCCCAUAACAAUUAAAGAAGAAAUACUCACCCCCGACUCAUCAACUGGAACCGACUACAAUUUUCGUAUCGACUACAAAAAUUCUGUUUUUGAUGAUAAGGAUGACGUGGAUACAGAUCCGAUGCAGAACAUAAUAGAAACGUCUGUGUUAGAAAAUCUUGUAGAAUCGGAUACUUACAACGAUUACUAUUACUACAUCGCUUUCCGGAGGGAUUUUACCACUAGUGGUGGGGGCCCUUCGGAAGACAGAACAGAAGGAAACAAGAUAGACAGACAGAUGGAGGAAAGGAUGCGAGCAACUACAGCAGAAAAUGUGUUGCGUCCUGAUCCCAAUUUGUAUCAGGACAUCUUCUUUCCCGGGAAUGGCUGCACUCUCCUCAGCUUUAACAGGAUGUUUCUAGUCCUCAGCGUAAUUGUUCUGAUGAUAUAUCUCUGAUGGUUUUGGGGUACACUUGACGAGAAUUUGAUGUGCAGAGAUAGCGGUACUGUUUUUGUUUUGUUUUUUAAGUUUAAAAAACCACAAAACAAACAUGAAGUGAUGGAUGAAAUCAUGUAGAUCUGUUGCAAAGAUAGACAAAGACAGUGAGAGAACCAGGAAGAGGAAAAGUAAGGGAGAGAGAAUAAUGGAAAAAA